AGCUCUGUCUUGGCCGCACCAUGCUGCGCCCGGGUGCGCGGUGGCUGCGGGGCCUCCCGCUGCGGAGCUUCCAGACGCCCGACAGCUCCAGGAGCCCACGCUGGGUCAGCAGCCGCAAAGACAAGGAAACACCACCCUUACCCACAGAAAACAUCUGGAAGGACCAAGCGGAAACCGUGAUCAUUGGAGGGGGCUGUGUUGGUGUCAGUCUGGCGUAUCACUUGGCCAAAGCGGGGAUGAAAGAUGUGGUGCUCCUGGAGAAAUCAGAGCUCACAGCAGGCUCUACAUGGCACGCAGCAGGUUUAACAACUUACUUUCAUCCUGGAAUAAACUUGAAGAAAAUUCAUUAUGAUAGCAUCAAACUUUAUGAGAAACUGGAAGAAGAGACAGGACAGGUGGUGGGAUUCCAUCAACCAGGGAGUAUCAGAAUUGCUACAACUCCUAUCAGGCUGGAUGAAUUUAAGUAUCAAAUGACUCGAACUAACUGGCAUGCAACAGAACAGUAUAUUAUUGGACCUGAAAAAGUUCAAGAGAUGUUCCCUUUACUCAACAUGAAUAAGGUUUUAGCUGGACUGUAUAACCCUGGAGAUGGUCACAUUGAUCCUUAUUCUCUAACUAUGGCCCUGGCUGCUGGAGCUAGGAAAUAUGGUGCCCUAUUAAAAUAUCCUGCACCAGUAACUUCUCUGAAACUUAGGGCAGAUGGAACAUGGGAUGUUGAAACAUCACAGGGAUCAAUAAGAGCAAACAGAAUCAUCAAUGCUGCAGGAUUUUGGGCUCGAGAAAUUGGUAAGAUGAUUGGACUUGAGCAUCCUCUUAUUCCGGUCCAGCAUCAGUAUGUUGUUACAUCAACUAUACCUGAAGUGAAAGCUUUGAAGCAAGAACUCCCUGUGCUCCGGGACCUGGAAGGCUCUUACUACCUCCGACAGGAGCGGGAUGGGCUUUUGUUUGGUCCAUAUGAAAGUCAGGAGAAAAUGAAAGUCCAGGAUUCUUGGGUCACCAAAGGAGUCCCUCCAGGCUUUGGAAAGGAACUCUUUGAGUCUGACCUGGAUCGGAUCAUGGAACAUGUUGAAGCUGCAAUGGAAAUGGUUCCAGUUUUGAAAAAUGCUGACAUUAUCAAUGUCGUCAAUGGUCCCAUCACCUAUUCUCCUGACAUCCUGCCCAUGGUAGGGCCUCACCAAGGGGUCCAGAACUACUGGGUAGCUGUAGGCUUUGGCUAUGGCAUAAUCCAUGCUGGUGGGGUGGGGAAGUACCUCAGUGACUGGAUCCUGCAUGGAGAACCUCCUUUUGAUCUGAUAGAAUUGGAUCCCAAUCGCUAUGGCAAAUGGACAACAACUCAGUACACCGAGGCCAAAGCAAGAGAAUCAUAUGGAUUCAACAAUAUUGUUGGUUAUCCCAAAGAAGAACGAUUUGCUGGGAGACCAACUCAGCGAGUUAGUGGACUUUAUAAAAUCCUGAAGUCGAAGUGUUCCAUGGGAUUUCAUGCAGGUUGGGAGCAGCCACAUUGGUUCUACAAACCAGGCGAGGACAAUCAGUACAGGCCAAGUUUUCGUCGCACAAACUGGUUUGAGCCUGUGGGUUCUGAGUAUAAACAGGUUAUGCAAAGAGUAGGGGUGAUUGACCUGUCACCGUUUGGAAAGUUUACCAUCAAAGGUCAAGACUCUAUUAGAUUGUUGGACCAUCUCUUUGCAAAUGUCAUUCCAAAGGAGGGUUUCACCAAUAUAAGUCACAUGUUAACACCAAAAGGUCGCGUAUAUGCUGAAUUGACUGUUUCUCACCAGUCUCCUGGAGAGUUUCUGCUAAUAACAGGUUCUGGAUCAGAGCUUCAUGAUCUCAGAUGGAUUGAAGAAGAAGCAGUCAAAGGCAGAUAUAAUGUUGAAAUAAAAAACGUAACAGAUGACAUCGGUGUCCUAGGAGUUGCUGGGCCAUAUUCAAGACAGGUCCUGCAGAAACUGACUUCUGAAGACCUCAGUGAUGAUGUUUUCAAGUUUCUCCAAACUAAGUCUUUCAAGGUUUCCAACCUUCCUGUCACUGCUAUCAGGAUAUCUUAUACGGGUGAGCUGGGGUGGGAACUGUAUCACAGACGAGAGGAUUCUGUAGCCCUUUAUGAAGCAAUCAUGAAAGCGGGCGAGGAAGAGGGAAUCGACAAUUUUGGAACAUAUGCCAUGAAUGCCCUCAGACUGGAGAAAGGUUUCAGAGCCUGGGGGUCAGAGAUGAACUGUGAUACAAAUCCCCUGGAAGCCGGACUGGAAUAUUUUGUGAAAUUAAAUAAGCCCGCAGACUUCAUAGGAAAGCAAGCACUGAAACAGAUUAAAGCCAAGGGUCUGAAACGGAGGCUGGUCUGCCUCACCUUGGCAGCGGACGACGUUGAUCCAGAGGGAAAUGAGAGCGUCUGGCAUAAAGGCAAGGUGAUUGGCAACACCACAUCUGGAUGCUAUAGUUAUAACAUGCAGAAGAGCUUGGCCUUUGCUUAUGUUCCCAUCGAGCUAAGUAAAGUAGGACAACAAGUAGAAGUGGAACUCUUAGGCAAAAAUUACCCAGCUGUCAUCAUUCAAGAACCCUUGGUACUGACAGAACCAACCAGGAACCGGCUUCUCAAAAAAGGUGGAAAGGGACAAAUUUGAAAACCGUCAGCAGUCAACUGAAUUAAGGUUGCUAUGGGACAAUAGUAGACAUUGAUUUCUGGAAGAUUAGGGGGAAAUCAAGACCUCAUUUCAAAAUCCAUCAAAGUAUAUAUUUAGAAUUAAACCUUUCUUUU